GCGCUGCUGUCCCGCGGCUUCUCUCCCCUCUGGAGGAGCCGUCCUCGCGCGCUGGACCCCUGGCCCUGGCGGCCCCCACGGUCCCUGCCUGCCAGCCAGUCGGUCAGCGCACCGGGCCCGGUUUUCUCUGCCUCCCCCGGACCGCUUAGUCUCGACCCGGGUGUUUCCACUACUAGAGGUUCACUUUCCACCCUCCCUCUCUCUCUCUUCCCUCCAAGAAUGAAACAUGACUGAGGACUCUCAGAGAAACUUUCGUUCAGUAUAUUAUGAGAAAGUGGGAUUUCGUGGAGUUGAAGAAAAGAAAUCAUUAGAAAUUCUCCUGAAAGAUGAUCGCCUGGAUACUGAGAAACUUUGUACCUUUAGUCAGAGGUUCCCUCUCCCGUCCAUGUACCGUGCAUUGGUAUGGAAGGUGCUUUUAGGGAUCCUGCCUCCUCACCAUGAAUCCCAUGCCAAGGUGAUGAUGUAUCGCAAGGACCAGUACUUGGAUGUGCUGCAUGCUCUGAAAGUCAUUCGCUUUGUCAGUGAUGCCACACCCCAGGUUGAAGUCUAUCUCCGGAUGUAUCAGCUGGAGGCCGGGAAGUUACCUCGAAGUCCCUCUUUUCCGCUGGAGCCAGAAGAUGAAGUAUUUCUUGCCAUUGCUAAAGCCAUGGAAGAGAUGGUAGAAGAUUGUGUCGACUGUUACUGGAUCACCCGAUGCUUUGUGAACCAAUUAAAUACCAAGUACCGGGAUUCUUUACCCCAACUGCCAAAAGCUUUUGAACAAUACUUGAAUCUGGAAGAUAGCAGACUGCUGAGUCAUCUGAAGACGUGUUCUGCAGUGUCUAAACUUCCUUAUGAUCUCUGGUUCAAGAGGUGCUUUGCGGGAUGUUUACCUGAAUCCAGUUUACAGAGGGUUUGGGAUAAAGUUGUAAGUGGAUCCUGUAAGAUCCUAGUUUUUGUAGCUGUAGAAAUUUUGUUAACCUUUAAAAUAAAAGUAAUGGCAUUGAACAGUGCAGAGAAGAUAACAAAGUUUCUGGAAAAUAUUCCUCAGGACAGCUCGGAUGCGAUUGUGAGCAAGGCCAUUGACUUGUGGCACAAACACUGUGGGACCCCGGUCCAUUCAUCCUGAAUGCUCCCAGCAGCUGUGAACAACCACCUGCCAGGCCCACCCUGAGCAUUUUGGUUUGGGACAUGUGAUGUAAACUGAUUGAAAACAGCGUUUUGCUUUGGUGCUCAAAGUGUAAUUUUUUUCCCAGUAAAGUUAUUUCAUUGAAA